AGCUACUCCGCUACGGCGCGAAUGUUCGAGGAUCGCUUCGGGUUAGGACCGACGAUGAAAAAUUCGGAUCGGAAAAUUUCGUCUUCCGCGUCGACCUCCCAACGCUCUGACCAAGCUCAAGGAGGCCGGGACGAGGACGAAAUAUCAAUGAAAGAGGUCGCGGCUCAGCUGGUCACGGUAGUGGCCCCGCUGACGGAAUUUGUUCAAAACUUGCAAUGGCAGCGGGUGGCAGCGGCGCAACGACAACAAACGACCAUGGACGCCGUUUCCCCUAUGACCCGACCAGCCGCAGCAGGAGUCGCCCAGCCUCUACGGCGCUACAACUGCAAUCAGCCGGGCCACCUUGUGAAAGAUUGUCCGAAACCUCGAACGCAGAGUGGGCCCGCGGGACCUACAGGACCUUCCCAAAUCCUGUUGGCGGCUCCAACCGCUGCGGGACAAGGGAGGGUAGCCACGGUGAUGGAUACUGGAACGACGGAAAUGGUGGCCCCUGCGGCCACCGAGAUAGGACCCGAUGAGUAUAUGGCUGCGGCGAUGUUCGAACCCGAGACCAUUGGAGUGAUACGUCACGUCCAAAGGAUUACCGAGGAAAGCGACCUCGGGCCUUGGCGGCCGGGGUUCGAAGAUCUCAUGGCCCCUGGCCCUGAGUACAAAGAUGGUCACAUCGACGUGUUGGAUGCAUUGAAGGCGCUGGAUCUAUGGAUCCCCGUCCCUAUUUCCUAUCUGCUAACCAUUUCCGAAGCGGCUAACGAAAAGUUGAUCGAACGAUGCCUCAAAAACAAGCGUCGAUUCGAGGAAAGUCGAAAGGGCAAAAAGCCGGUCCUACGAGACCUACCCACAAACGAAGAGUCACAGCCUUCGACCUCGACGGUGCACGAAGCCAACCGAGUAGGAAUGAUCCAGACCGUAGAUCCUGGCUCGGAAAAGCCUAAGUGGAUCCGGUGUCCCAUGGGAAUUUGCAACGCCCCCGCAACAUUCCAGCGGGCUAUGAACAUGGCCUUCGACGAGUUCGUUAACAAAACCCGUUUAACACAGCCGUUGAUAAAUUUCUGUGUGAUUGUGUACAUGGAUGACAUUUUGGUCUUUUCCAAAACCUACGAGUACCAUGUGGAACAUGUUGAAUGGGUGUUGCAUGCGUUGAAAGAUGCGGGGUUCAAAGUGGCUCUAGAGAAAAGCGAGUUCUUUCUGUCCGAAAUUUCCUUUUUGGGCUACAUCGUCACGGUCGAGGGACUGAAACCGGAUCCCAGGAAGGUAGCAGCGGUUCGAGAAGCCCCGUCCUCGGUCACGCUCACUCAGGUUCGAGCCUUCCUAGGGUUGGCCUCUUAUUAUCGACGCUUCAUUCAGAGCUUUGCCUGCCUCGCCAAGCCGCAGACGAACCUGUUGAAGAAGGAAGAGCAGCUGAUCUGGACGCCGGAAUGCAAAGCGGCUUUUCGUGCACUCAAGGAGGCUCUGACAUUGGCACCCGUGUUGGCGCGUCUCGAUCCGACAAGACAAUUUGCGCUGCAUACCGACUGGCAGCCGCAGGCGAUAUCGGCGGUGCUGACUCAGCAAGGAACGGAUGGAAGGGAGCACGUCAUCGAGUAUGCGUCGAAAACGCUAAGUCAGGCGCAGUCAAACUACGAGGCGUGCAAGGGUGAGUGCUUGGCGGUGGUGUGGGGGGUUCAGCACUUCCGACCGUAUCUGUACGGCCAGAAGUUCGUGCUCGUGACGGAUCAUCAGCCAUUGCUAUCGUUGCGGAACAACACGGACUACACGGGUACCUUGGGAAGGUGGGCGGUGAGAUUGCAGGACUACGACUUCGAUAUCCGCCACCGCGCCACCAGGCAGCACGGGAACGCCGAUGGUCUGACGCGCCUCCAACCGCCGAACAAGAGUCCCGCGAACGAAAAACUCAUCCUGUGGAAGCCGAUUUCGCCUUCGACGGAACCCGGCCACGGGGAGGUGAAUGUCCUCCGCAAGGGCACUGCAGCAAUCGGAGAUGGCAAUCUCCCAUGAGGAGGCCGCCACCCCCUCUCCCCUUCCCUAUUCUUUAACCCCCUCUCCUGACCCCGACUCCCCUCCGAGCACGCCUUCCCAAAUUUGUUUCUUCUGCACCUUGCCCAUGAUACCGGCAGGGGGAGAUCCUCCUCUCGAGGGGCCUAGCUUUCUUCCCUGGGUACAAUGUAGUCAAUGUCACAUCGUCCGGUCCCACGGGAGUUGUGCCCGAUAUCAGAAUGAAAAAAGUUGGAACUG